AUGUCAGUCUCGUGUGAACUUUGCAAGCAGCGGAAAGUGAAAUGUGAUCGAGGUCAACCCAGCUGUGGCUGGUGCGUCAAGAAUACCCAAGUGUGUGAAUACAAAGAGAGGAAGAAACCUGGUCUGCGUGCUGGCUAUGGCCGUGAACUCGAGGCAAGACUAGAUCGUCUGGAGGACCUGAUCCAUCAGCAGCAGACUACAAUCUCACAGCUCAGCAAUCAUGUUGUCAACAAUGCCCAGUCAUCUCCGUUGUCCCACGAUGGCCCGCUGUUUCGCAGUCCGUCCAUACUACAAACACAUAUACCCAGGCCCGAGACGGCAUUGUUCUUGCAGAAACCCUCUACUUUUGCACCCAAUCACUCCAUGAUAAAUGAAUAUGCUAGACAUCAGCCCCAGCACAAUGGAUACCAGCAGCAGCAGCACAUACAGCAUGAGCCAUCAAAUGGUUUGCCGACACCGGCACGAGAUGUUUACUCACAUACGAAUCCGCCUUUGGAAUCUCCAAGCUUGAAUCUGGCGAAUGCUCCGCCAUCCGCGCCAGUCAUGCAUGAGGGCGAUUUUCCGCCAUAUGACCUACUAUACGCUCUUGCAGAUCUGUAUUUCAAGCAUAUAAACACGUGGUGUCCAAUCCUUCAUCGGAGAUCCACUCUCGACUCUCUUUUCGGGGCCUCGUCAUCUUCCCUUGAUGAUGGGGAUCGCAUCCUGCUCCACGCCAUUGUUGCGACCACCCUCAGGUUCUCCACUGACGCCCGACUGACGCAAGGCGCAAGAGACAGGUAUCAUGAACUAUCAAAGCAGAAAGUCCUCCUGUACGGACUUGAAAACAGCUCCGUCAAGGCGCUGCAGGCCAUGGUCAUUCUUGCGUUGGAUCUUGUUGGUUUCUCAAACGGUCCGCCAGGCUGGAAUCUUCUCGCGUUGAUCACCCGGGCUGUCGUGCAACUUGGACUUGCAGUUGAGACUACUUCUUCCAUGGUGUCGCCGCAAUUUCCAUCAAUUUAUACCCUGAGAGCUAUGGUUCUGCCAGAGCCAAAAGAUUGGAUCGAAGAAGAAUCCCGAAGACGGCUAUUCUGGAUGAUCUACUUACUAGAUCGGUAUGCGACGGCUGCCACGGCUUUUGAAUUUGCUCUGGAUGAGAGGGAGAUUGAUCGAAAACUACCAUGUCGAGAUGAUAUCUUCAAUCGUAAUCAGCCUGUCGACACGCGAUGGUUCCGGACGAUUGAGAGAACAGAUUACUCCAUGGAAAAGCCAGAAAAUAUGGGAUCGUUUUCGUACUAUAUCGAAGUUAUUGGGCUGCUGUCUCGAAUACACCAAUUUCUGAAAAAGCCUGUGGAUAUCGGCUCUUUAUCUGACGUGGAGAAAUGGCAGGCUGAGUACCGAGAACUCGAUAAAGCAUUGGCCGAAUGGAAGCAUAGCCUUCCGCAUGAGUACGGUAAUGUCGCUCGUAUCUUCAACGGCGCCGGUAACAAAAUCGUCAACACUGGAUGGAUCAUGUUGCAUGCUGCCUAUAACACCACAAUCAUCCGUUUACACUCCUCCGCGGCUUACCCCACAACCCGCUCUCCGAUCUUCACGCCCUCUUACUCUGCAUCUCAGCGCUGUCUCUCCGCCGUCGAGAACAUCACUGCCCUGGUCAACUACCUCAAAUCCACCACUCUCCUCUCCACGCUCGGCCCGCCAUUUGCCUUCUCCCUCUGGGUCGCAGCACGCGUCCUCCUUGUGCAUGGCAGCACCAUCUCUCAGAAUGUGAAUCCUUCUAUUCACGCCCUAGUCGAAACCCUGAACUACCUCGGUCAGUACUGGCGCGUCGCCGAGCGGUACGCCACUCUGCUCACCCGCGUCCUCGAGGAAUACUCCGACUCGCAACGCGCUCCGCCAACCGCAGAGGGUGAACGUCCCACGCCCUCCACUGUACGCAUCCUGGCUGACAUGCGCCGCUGCGCCUACGAUCUUGAUUUCCUCAUCUCGCGCCAGCCGCGCGCGAGCGGCGCCUCCGGUGGCAUGUCCCGUCUGCCGUCCGUCACACCUGCACGCACCCCGCAGCCGCAGGAGUUUGAGUAUCUGGAUGUGUUUGACUUUUUCAACGUGCCGCGCCUGCCGGUCAGUAUGGAGGGCGGCAUGAUGGUCGGGCAGCAGGGGGCAAGCGCGGGUCCGGAGAGUGGGUUGCUACCGGAUGCUGGAGCUGUCGGUGGAAAUGGUGGGAAUGAGUUUAAUAUUACGAAUUUUAGCUUCGAUGCAGAUAGUGAUUGGUUUAUGAAGGCCGGGGCAUAA